AUGAAAGACUCGCUCUACGACCGCCUUUGGCGCCGAGAAUGCGGGGAGAGAUCAGCAUAUGCCGGGCUUCGGGGGAUUUAUGGCUCUAAGGAAUGGGUCAAUGAUCUUGACAUCGUGAAUGAGCUCGGUGGUCACACCGGAUGUGUCAAUGCUCUCAGUUGGUCGCGGUCAGGUCAGCUCCUUGCAUCCGGUUCGGAUGAUCAGCAUCUCAAUAUCUACUCGUACCAACCUGAAUCCUCCAAUGCUCCUUUUGCGCUCAAUACGACUGUCUUCACCGGACACAAGGCCAACAUAUUCUCGGUCAAAUUUAUGCCACAAUCAAACGAUGGAACGGUGAUUACAUGCGCCGGUGACUCGCAAGUUCGCGUGUUCGAUAUUGAAUACUCCAGCGGGAGCAGGAAUGCUGCCGCUACAUCGGCGUUCGAGGCCUCCGCUCGCAGUCGGCGCUUUAGUGAGUUCUUCAGUGGUGCACGAUACUUGAGUGAUGGAAAUACCAAUGCGAGGGUUUAUCGGAGUCAUGCCGACCGCGUGAAGCGCAUCGUCACGGAGUCGUCGCCGUACUUAUUCCUCACCUGUUCUGAGGAUGGUGAGGUUCGGCAGUGGGAUCUUCGUCUUCCUUCUAGUGCAUAUCCUCCGCCGCGGGGUGGCCAGGGCUUCAUGGCAUACCGUCCCGGUUUGAAUCAUGAUGACUCUAAUGUGCCACCUCCUCUCAUCUCCUACAAGCCAUACAGCUUGGAUCUCAAUACUAUCUCCUGCUCGCCCAGUCAACCUCACUACAUCGCUCUAGGCGGAGCCCACCUGCACUGCUUUCUACAUGACAGGCGGAUGCUUGGUCGAGACACCUCCGCCGAGCAGGGUGCCGUAGGUGGCGAUGACGAGGAUAUGGGAAAGGCGACGCGAUGUGUGCGUAGAUUUGCACCAGGUGGCAAACAUCGCAUGAGACAUCUUGAUGACGGGCACAUCACCGCGUGUAAAAUCAGCGAUGCGAACCCAGAUGAGAUGAUUGUCAGUUGGUCCGGAGAUCACAUCUACAGCUUCGAUUUGAUCCGCAGUCCAGACGCUGGAGAAACGAGGGAUGAGAAAUCCAUCAAAGGCAAAAACGGACGGGCUCGUCGCAGCUCCCGAAAUCGCAAGCGAAAACGCCAGAAACCUGCAACACCGGAGUCUCGAGGAAGUGGCGGUCGGCACGAAUCGCGUCGUCGGUCUGCCGAGCCAGAUAUUUUUAGGAUUCAAUACGAGAAUGGCGAGGCCGAAGAUGUUUCUUUCCCAUCGCUUGCUGAUAGUGCGGUUGCUGAGACUGCUGAAGAUAUACUCGAGCAGGCUCGGUAUUCUGUGUUGAGUGACGCUCAGCGGUUGAGCAUGGAAAUCGCAAAGGGGUUGGUGAAACUUCGAAAGACUCUGUUCUCCUUGGAAGCGGCUGCACGCGAGGCCACAGACUCGGACGAUGAGUCUGACAUAUACCAGGAAGCUUUCUUCUCUGCUUCAGAUAUUGCUACUACAUGCCUUUUCCAGAUGACCGAUGUUAUGCACGAAUGGCGAUAUCCUUUGAACCCGAGUAGCGAUACAGUUACCUUCCAGCAGUCUCUUCGCCGAAACCGCGAGUCAUCGUGGAGAUUUGCCUUGGCUGCUGGUAAUCUCGCUCAGGAAUUGGGAGAGAUAGAUCCAUGUCGUGAACUCAACAUUGGAAUGAUCCGGCCUGCACCUGGGGAAGAGACAAAUAUCGAUCAAAAGUCACAAUUUUGCUAUGAUUUCCUCCGCGCGAUCAUUCUUUGGCUGCGGGGUGGUAGAUCGGAACUGCUGGAUGGCUUCCGCCGUCGCAAUGGUCCUCGACGAGGUCGAGCUCAUGACCGGUAUCCAAUUCCAGAUGAGUCCGGGGCCGAUGCCAUCGACGAGGUGUUGAUUCCCUACCUCCUCGAAUUAGCCAGCGACACCCCCAUUGUGAAUGUGGACGCCUCCCGAUUCGAGCAUGACAGUACCCGCUUCCUGUUCCAUAGUCAGCGAGCUGCCGUCACUGCAUUUGGGAAUGCCGUGAAAUUGCCCCUGGAAGAUCUCGAAGGCUCGGCAGCUCAAUUUGACAGACGCCGGGUCUCGAAUCCUUCCUCGCAAGUACGGUCUCUCGAUCGUGCCUCGGCAAGGAGAUUCUGGCUUCUUCGCGUGGGUAGAGGAAUCCUGAUGGAGGCUGGCAGUGGAGUAAACUACACUUUCGUGAACAAUGCGUUUGGUGGAUUACAUACUAUAACAGACUCUGAAAGUGACUCGGAGCCAGAGAGAGAUCAAGAAGAUAUUAAUCCUUUUGAGGACGAAGAGGUAAUUCGACAUCUUGAGCUGGUGGCAGCUAGUUCUUCGCAAGCCGAUCAGGGCGUCAAUUCAGACACCGAUGCAAGUCAGAGCGACAGCGAUGACGACGAAGGGGAGUUGAGUGGUGAAGGCGAGAAUGGCUGGCCCCUGGACUCAUCGGACGAAGACGAAGAUGUAAUUGGAGACGGCAGUGAUGACGAUGAUGGUGACGAGGACGACGAUGAGGCCACUACUCGGAGAUAUGCCAUACGCAGGUCCCGACAAGAAAAGGUUGAGCUCAACACACCAUGCUCGUCUCAUAUGCGGAGCUACCGGGGCCAUUGUAACAUCAAGACAGUCAAAGAUGUCAAUUUCUUCGGCUUGAAUGAUGAGUAUGUCGUCAGUGGCAGCGACUCGGGACAUAUCUUCAUAUGGGAUCGAAAAACCUCCCACCUGGUUAACAUCUUGGAAGGCGAUAGUGAAGUUGUGAACGUUGUGCAAGGCCACCCAUACGAACCAAUGAUCGCCGCUUCGGGGAUUGAUAAUACCAUCAAAAUCUUUUCGUCAGACCGCACCGCUCAAGCCGAUGCUAGUCAGGGUAUCAAUAUCCUUGAUCCCGACUUCAGAGGCAACAGACCUGGAGUUACCCAUACCGGUGGUCUUGAAAGCAAGAAGCGGAUUCAUGACAGUUACCGCAUUAUGAGUGAAAAUGAUGUAGAGCGUCGUGGAGGCAUGAGCGAGGCCUACAUUACUCGGAGUAUGCUUGCUCGCCUGGCUGCUACUCUACGGGGUCGACAAGGUGGUAUUGGUGGAAUGGAGGGUCUGGGUUCACAAGAUGGGGAUACGCCUGUUGUUUUGGACGAUAAUUGCUCGGUGAUGUGA